AUGUCUCAACCUGACUUCAGCGCCAACCUGAAGCCUCACCCGCAAGCAGAUGGCGCCGCCACACUCGCCCAAGAGCGUGGGCAGUCCGACUUCGAUACCAAUGCCAUCUCCAAGCACCUCUUCGGCGACAAGUACCUCGAGCGACAAGCCCGUAUCCUCAAGAUUGUCACUGGGGAGAAGAUCUUCUCCAAAACGAACCAAGCAAACCUCUCCCGCCCAGACCGCUACAAGCUUGGUCUCGCCAGGGGCAAAAAGCUCCGCCAGCUGAUGAACGAGUACAAAUGGGACGACGACGACUUUCUCAUGGCGGAGUGGCUUGUCGACGAUGUCCUGCCACAUCAUUUGAAUAUCUCGCUCUUCAAGUCUGCAAUCCUGGAGCAGUGUAACGAAGAGCAGAGGAACUUUUGGUAUCCCAAGUUGCAGGCGUGGGAGAUCAUCGGUGCGUAUGCGCAGACCGAGCUGGGCCAUGGGUCGAACGUGAGGGGUUUAGAAGCGACUGCGACGUGGGAUCAGAAGACCAAGGACUUUGUUUUGCAUAGUCCGACCUUGACGGCGAGCAAGUGGUGGAAUGGGACCUUGGGCAGAACGGCGACUCAUGCGGUCUUCGUUGCGCAAUUGAGAAUCCCGAAGAAGGGCGGCAGCGGAGGCUUCGAAUCGUACGGCCCACAUCCAUUCAUUAUUCGGGUUCGCGACGAGAAGACUCAUAAGCCUUUGGAGAGUAUCAUCGUGGGCGACAUUGGGCCGAAAUAUGGAUACCCUGCGAUGGAUAACGCAUACAUGCUUUUGAACCAGCACAGAGUCCCGCACGAGGCUUUGUUGAGCCGCUACGCCACAGUCAAUAGAGAGACAGGCGAAUACGUUAAGCCCAAGAAUACUGGCGCGAUGUAUGGCCAGUUGACAAGAGGACGCUCCCAAAUCGUGAUGAACGCUCGCCUCGUGCUUGCUCGAGCCGUCACUGUCGCCGUGCGCUACCUUAGUAUUCGCCGCCAAUUUAGAGACCAAGAUGCAGACGAUCAAUCCGCCCUCGAAGAACAGGUUCUCAACUACUCCACUGUCCAGAUCCGUGUCCUACCGCUCCUAGCGGCGACAUUCGCCCUGCAUUAUAGCGGAGCUGCAAUGCAAAAGCUAUACGAGCGAACCAGGGGUGCCAAUGCGCAGAAAGAGAGCGAUUUGAACGAGCUACAAGAGUUGCACUUCACUUCGGCCGGAUUGAAGAGCUUGACGACCGAGAUGGCCGCCGACGGCAUCGAAACCUGUCGAAGAGCCAUGGGAGGCCACGGCUACGGUGGAGGUACCGGCCUGAUUCAGCUGAACGCCGACUACCUUAGCAAGCCGACGGUGGAAGGCGAUAACUGGAUGAUUACACAGCAGGUUGCUCGGUAUCUUUUGAAGAAGGUCAAAGAGCUGUCCACAUCCAGGAGCAAUGCGAAUUCCAGUAGAUUGGACGCCAGCCUGAUCCGUUUCCGCGAAAGAUCCAGGUCUCCGCCUCAAUUCAGCGACCUCUCUGACGACCUAUCGAUCCUCGAAGCCUUCGAGUGGCGAACAGCAUUUUUGGCAUUUGAGGCCUAUGAGAGUCGCGAAGUAAAGAAGCUCCCGUGGAACAGCCUGCUCGUCGAGUUCCGCAAUCUCAGCCGUGCUCACACUCAGGCCAUGCUCGUCGUGUACUUUUAUGAGGGGCUCCGUAGCCUGGACUCGCUUCCGUCAUCGACCAAGACGGUUCUCUGGGAUCUUUUCCGGCUGUUCAGUCUUUCCGCCAUCGAGAAGGAUGCGUGGCAAUUCCAAAGGUCCGGUGCCAUUGCUACCAAGGCACUGGACCAGCUUCCCAAGGAAAUUCUCACUCUCAUGCAGCGCAUCAGACCGCAUGCCGUGCGAAUAGUCGACUCGUUCACAUUGCCUGACUACCUUCUCAACAGUGACCUUGGACGGUCUGAUGGAAGAGUUUAUGAGAGUUUGUUCCAUCGUGCUCACGUUGAGAACCCCCUAAAUCGUAUCACAUUCAAUCCUCGGUACUGGGAAGAUGAACUGGUGAUGGGGAGCAGAGAUGAUGGCCACAUUUUGUCGAAACUUUAA